AUUUGAAAAUCCCGCCCUCCUCACUAGCGCUUCGAAAGGUAGCCUAUGCACUGUCAAUUGAAACGCCCAGACAAUGCGGUCUUUGUCGUGAGCAACAUUUUGUUAUCUUGAGCUUGGUUCAGGAAAUUGUGACACGAGAGUGGCCCGAGAUGCAGUUGGACACGACCAUGGCACUUCGUAAGAAUUUAUCUAUUCAAACUGGCUUGGUGCUAUUGGCCAGAGACGACCUGGAAGUGAAACAGUAACCACAUAGGCAUAGGACAUUCCCAGCAGCUCACAACACUUGCUACACUGUAGCCAACGCUCCUUGUAUAUUCGAAAGAUUGUGUCAAUUUACUCUCAAGAAACUUGUUACAUAGCCUGUAUACUUUGGAGUUUGGACAAAUGGCGCCAGCAGACCAAGUCGCCGACGUUUUUUCUUACGAAAGCCUGGUGCAUGCAGUUGCAGGCGCUAUGGGCAGUGUCACCGCAAUGACAGUAUUCUUCCCUCUCGACACUGCACGUUUACGACUACAAGUGGAUGAAAAUAGGAAAUCCCGCUCGACUCCAGCCAUACUGGCAGAGAUCAUAAAAGAGGAAGGAUUACUGGCUCCGUACAGAGGAUGGUUCCCCGUCAUCUGCAGCCUCUGCUGCUCCAACUUCGUCUACUUCUACUGCUUCCAUAGCCUGAAGGCCAGCUGGCAGCAGGGUCACCGGGCCAGCCCAGGGAAGGACCUCUUCAUCGGCAUCGUAGCAGGAAUAGUGAAUGUCUUGGUAACAACUCCCCUGUGGGUGGUCAACACUAGACUGAAGCUGCAGGGGGCAAAAUUCCGCAAUACGGAUAUACGGCAGACUCACUACAAAGGCAUGCUGGAUGCCUUUUCCCAGAUCGUGCAGGAUGAGGGAGUUGGAGCCCUGUGGAACGGCACAUUCCCCUCCCUGCUCCUGGUCCUGAACCCUGCAGUGCAGUUCAUGAUCUACGAGGGCCUGAAGAGGCAACUGAGGAUGGGCAUCCACAGAGAGUUGUCUGCUUCAGAAGUGUUUGUCAUCGGUGCGAUUGCAAAGGCUGUUGCAACAACAGUGACGUACCCCCUGCAAACAGUACAGUCCAUUCUCAGAUUCGGCCAACAUAGACAACAGGCAGAGCAGUCCAGGCUGAUGAGCAGCUUAAAAGGAGUCACAUACCUGCUGCACAACAGGAUCCGAAAAUACGGUGUGAUGGGUCUGUUUAAAGGCCUGGAGGCCAAACUCCUGCAGACGGUCCUGACGGCGGCCCUGAUGUUCCUGAUCUAUGAGAAGAUUGCCGGCUUCACCUUCAAAGCCAUGGGAGUGAGGAGACCCAUGUCCAGUCGAAGAUGACAUCAUCAUCAUCAUCAACAACAACAACAACUACAUUCCUUUUUGUAGUGCUAGCGCUUUUCAAAACAUCCUAAGCGCUGUGCCAUGAAAGUGAUGAGGUCUGUGGUCAGUUUUGAAUGGAUGCCUGGGAAUUGCCACUUCAGCCUGGUCUUGCCACACGUUUGUAAUCAUUUAUUUCACGCAGAGGGUCUGGAAUGGCUGAAUUAAGAAGCGUUUGCUAGAGGAAGGGGUGAAACUCUUACACUGAUUAGCUGGUUGUGUGGUAACACAAGACUAAACCCCUCCAACACCACCUGGCUCAGAUGUAAUGUCGAAGGGAAAAGAAAUCAGCUUAUAACUUGCAUCUGACAAGGUCAGGAUAGUGCCACUUAUCAUUGUGUUAGUGUUACAUUGUUCUUGUUUCUGUAUUUGUAUUUGUGUUUUUUUUUGUUAACAAAAACGACUAAGCAUAUUGAGCUGUCUGUGGUACUGGGUCUGAGGUGUAGGCCUACUGAAGGUGCUAAUGAACUGCAUUGACCUGAGAUUGUCUGACAAUAUAUUCUGUAUAUUUAUUCAGCUCGUCUGACUAACAAGCUUUGACAUCUGAUCUUUUGUCACCAUGAAUAAAAGAUUGUGGCGCUUUUGAAAAUCAA